AGGGAGACCGGCCUUCAGGAGGAUGAAGUAGAAGAUCACUCCUCCAUAAAAAUAGAAAGUCCUGACGAAUUCUCCACCCUUGGAGACACUGAGGAGAUUCCCACCACCUCUUUCUGCCCCAACUGUAUUAGGUUAAAGAAGAAGAUCAGAGAGCUUCAGGCUGAGGUGGAGAUGCUAAGGUCUGGAAAGGUUCCUGACGUUCCGCAGUUUUUGCCUCAGAAAAACGAGGUGCCAGAAUUUUCAGAUACCUCAGCCCCAGAGAACAUGUCCAUUGCUCCCACCAUGGAGGAUGAUGAACAGGAGGUGGACUCUGCUGAUGAAUCGGUUUCCAAUGAGAUGCUGGCAGUAACUGAUGAGCCUUCCAAGAUGUCAGUUGCCUCUGGCAGAAGAAUUCGCCGGUUCAAGCAAGAGUGGCUCAAAAAGUUCUGGUUUUUGAGGUACUCCUCAACGUUGAACGAGAUGUGGUGUCACGUUUGCAGGCAAUACACGGUUCAGUCCUCUAGGACUUCAGCCUUCAUUAUUGGUUCUAAACAGUUUAAGAUUCAUACUAUAAAGCUCCAC